AUGUCUACUCGUCCUCAAGUUUCUGUUGUUUCCGCUACCGGUGAACAAACCUCCACCCAAUUGCCAUUGCCAGCUGUCUUCUCUGCUCCUGUGAGACCAGACUUGGUCCACUCUGUCUUCACCAGAGUCAACAAGAACAAGAGACAAGCUUACGCUGUUUCUGAAAAAGCCGGUCACCAAACCUCCGCUGAAUCCUGGGGUACUGGUAGAGCUUUGGCCAGAAUCCCAAGAGUUGGUGGAUCUGGUACUCACAGAUCCGGUCAAGCUGCUUUCGGUAACAUGUGUAGAGGUGGUAGAAUGUUCGCUCCAACUAAGACCUGGAGAAGAUGGAACAUUAAGGUUAACCACAACGAAAAGAGAUAUGCCACUGCUUCUGCUAUUGCUGCCUCUGCUGUUACCUCUUUGGUUUUGGCCAGAGGUCACAGAGUUGAACAAGUCAAGGAAUUGCCAUUGGUUGUGUCCAACGACUUUGAAUCCGUCCAAAAGACCAAGGAUGCCGUUGCUUUGUUGAAGGCUGUUGGUGCUCACAAGGAUGUUGUCAAGGUGAUCAAGUCCAAGAAGUUGAGAGCCGGUAAGGGUAAGUUGAGAGGUAGAAGAUUCACUCAAAGAAGAGGUCCAUUGGUUGUCUACGCUGAAGACAACGGUCUUGUCAAGGCUUUGAGAAACAUUCCAGGUGUUGAAACCGCUCCAGUUAAGCACCUCGGUUUGUUGCAAUUGGCUCCAGGUGCUCACUUGGGUAGAUUCAUCAUCUGGACUCAAGGUGCUUUUGAAUCCUUGGACUCUGUCUACGGUUCUGAAGCCACCAAGUCUGUUAAGUCCAACUAUGCUUUGCCAUCCAACAUCAUCUCCAACACCGAUGUCACCAGAUUGAUCAACUCUGCUGAAAUCCAGGCUGUUGUCAGACCUGCUGGUCAAGCCACUCAAAAGAGAGCUCAUGUGUUGAAGAAGAACCCAUUGAAGAACAAGCAAGUUUUGUUGAGAUUGAACCCUUACGCCAAGACCUUCUCCGAACAGAAGUUGGGAUCUGCCAAGGUUGAACAGCCAAAGACCAAGCCAUCCAAGGGUGCUUUUGCUGAUGUUUUGAAGAACUAA